AACCUUCUCCAGACUGCCACCCUCCACCAUGUGUCACACCAGCUGCUCCUCGGGCUGCCAGCCAGCCAUCUCCUGCUGUGUGUCCAGCCCCUGCCAGCCAGCCGGCUGUGUGUCCAGCCCCUGCCAGCCAGCCUGCUGUGUGUCCAGCCCCUGCCAGUCAGCAUGCUGCAGGCCUGCUAUAUGCAUUCCUGUGAGAUACCAGGUAGCCUGCUGUGUGCCUGUGAGCUGCAGGCCCACUGUGUGCAUGGCCCCCUCCUGCCAGUCCUCUGUGUGUGUGCCAGCGAGCUGCCGGCCUGUCUGUGUGACCUCCUCCUGCCAGUCAUCUGGGUGCUGCCAGCCCUCCUGUCCCACCCUGGUCUGCAGACCUGUGACCUGCAGUAACCCCUCCUGCUGCUGA